AUGUCUGAUAAUUUAGGGUAUGAAAAUCUGAAAGAACUUGAUAAUUUAGAAAUAAUUGUGAUUGUUGAUAAUGCAGUUGACACAUUGUCUUCUUCGAAUGCUAAUAUCGGAAAUAUCGCAA